UACAAGAUAUAAUUGGAGUGCUAAAAACGUUUAUAUGACCUUGUGAUAAGGGAAGGGAAUAAAGAGGGAAUAAAGAGGGAAUAAAGAGACGCGUUACCCUUAUAUAAAAACGGCUCUCAAUCACGUGCCUUUUUAAUUUUUUUAAAAUGGUUUGAAAAUUCCAAAACUUGCAAUUGUCUUUAAAAAAAGUCAUUAUGCGCGCAGUUCUUCAACGAGUUUUAAAUGCAAGUGUAACAGUCAAUACACAAGUAUCCUCUAUAGAUAGAGGACUCUGCAUUCUUUUGGGUAUAGCUUUUGAUGAUACAAUAGACGAUUUAGAAUAUAUGGUAAAGAAGAUCCUGAAGGUACGCGUAUUUGAAGAUGAAAAAGGUGAGGAAAUGUGGUCAAGAAGUGUUAAAGAUGCGGAAUUAGAAAUUUUGUGUGUAUCUCAAUUCACAUUAUACGGAAGUUUAUCAAAAAAUAAACCAAGUUUUCAUAAUGCAAUGAAAGCUAAUGAAUCAAAGGAAAUGUAUUCAACUUUCUUAAAUAGGCUAAAGCAAGAAUACGUUGAAGAAAGAAUUAAAGAUGGUGUUUUUGGCGAAAAGAUGAUUGUUAACAUAGUGAACGAUGGUCCAGUUACACUAGAAUUGGAUUCACGCAAAUUUAUUUAUGUUGAUAAAUCAAUCUCCUCAAGCAAAUCCAAUAACAAUAAAGAAGAAAAUUAAAUGCAAACUUCAUAAAUUUAAAUUUAUUAAAUUAUUAAUUAUUUAAUAGAAAAAAGUGUAACAUUUAUUACAAACUUUCUAUGAUUAUUUUUAUUUUUGCAAUUCUCCUGCCAUAAAAAAUUUUCCAAGAGUUGGUCCAGAAUAUUGGUUUA